CGGGACCUUGUAUACAUUACACUCCCCGGUUACAUUCCAGUCCGUUGCCAACUACUGACAAUGCUCGCUGCAUAGGGAAAUACCAUCUCAUACAUCAUUAAUGCAUAUAUAAUAUCUGCAAUUGUGUAAGUCGGCACAGUCUCUUUGCUGGAUUCCGAUCAGAGGAGAGAGAAUGGAUCCGAGAAGAGCUGUAGCGGUGACUUUUGCGCUCUUUCUUGCGCUCUCUUUGCUAGUCGCAGGCGCUGAGAGCACAACGAAAUCGAGCAAAAAGUCAUCGGCUAAGAGUCCUCCUAGUCUGCCAGAUAUUAAAAGCAAAACGUCGCCGAGGGAACAGUCUUCGGAAUUAAGUCCUCCUUGUCCACAAGAUGAGAUAGGAGUCGACGUUGAGGGACAGACGAAAUCGAGCAAAAAGUCAUCAGCUAAAAGUCGACCUAGUCUAUCAGGCGCAGACGUUGCGAGCAAAACGAAAUCGAGCAAAAAGUCCUCUGCAAAAAGCCCUCCUAGUCAACCAGCAGCAGAUGUUGAGGGACAGACGAAAUCGAGCAAGAAGUCUUCAGCUAAAAGUCAUCCUAGCUUAUCAGGCGCAGAUGUUGCGAGCAAAACGAAAUCGAGCAAAAAGUCCUCCGCAAAAAGCUCUCCUAGUCAACCAGUCGCAGACGUAAAGAGCCAAACAAAAUCGAGCAAAAAGUCCUCAGUUAAAAGUCGUCCCAGUCUGCCAGAUAUUAAAAGCAAAACGUCGCCGAGACAAAAGUCUUCGGAUAUAAGUCCUCCUUGCCCACAAGAUGAGAUAGGAGCCGACGUUGCGGGACAGACGAAAUCGAGCAAAAAGUCCUCAGCUAAAAGUCGACCUAGUCUAUCAGGCGCAGAUGUUGCGAGCAAAACGAAAUCGAGCAAAAAGUCCUCCGGAAAAAGCUCUCCUAGCCAACCAGUCGCGGGCGUAAAGAGCCAAACGAAAUCGAGCAAAAAGUCUUCAGUUAAAAGUCAUCCUAGUCUGCCAGGCGCAGAUGUUGCGAGCAAAACGAAAUCAAGCAAAAAGUCCUCCGCAAAAAGCUCUCCUAGUCGAUCAGUCGCGGGCGUAAAGAGCCAAACGAAAUCGAGCAAAAAGUCCUCAGCAAAAAGUCGUCCUAGUCUGUCAGGCGCAGAUGUUGUGAGCAAAACGAAAUCGAGCAAAAAGUCCUCCGCAAAAAGCUCUCCUAGUCGAUCAGUCGCCAACGUAAGGAGCCAAACGAAAUCGAGCAAAAAGUCCUCAGCAAAAAGUCGUCCUAGUCUGUCAGUCGCAGAUAUAAGUAGAAAAACGAAAUCAAGCAAAAAGUCCUCAGCUGGAAGUCAUCCUAGUCUAAAAGCUGCAGAUAUAGGAAGCAAAACGAAAUCGAGCAAGAAAUCCUCAGCAAAAAGUCUGCCAGUCGCAGAUAAAGAGAGUAAAACGAAAUCGAGUAGAAAGUCCUCGGCGCAAGGUCCUCCUAAUCUGCCAGCCUCCACCAAGAAAGGACGAUUGGACUGCGACUGUCACGGAGAUUACAGGACGGAAUGUUGCGUCGGUCACCCGGUUAAAGACAUCACACUGGUCACUCAGCGUCCGGAGAAAGUGACCGAUAGCGUGUGCGUCCCAGGGUUGAUGUACGGCUUGGCAGAGGACAGGAUCUAUGUAAAAGGAUGCAAGGGGCAGUUCCAAGUCAGUUUCCAGUGUCAGAAAGUCAAAACACGUUCCGUAAAAUGUAAAAGCAUCAACUGGUCAUUCAACGAAUGUGAAGUUGAAGGUAUGAUUAUCGACAUCUUUGCCAAGAAAGAAUUAAACGCUAAGAAAGGGAAGAAGGAGCCCUGUUUCUCAGCUUGCGUGCAGGGCAGAAGUUUCGGUUACCACGGCAACAAAAUCUGGGUCGCCAACAACUGCUCUGCGGUAUUCCGGGUGACGUAUUGUGCGGACCAAAAAUCAUGCUGAAAAAAAAUUCCCAUUCAAAAAACUUUUUUGUCCUCAAAUCCGUGGAGAAUUUCAUAAUUAGAAAAGUCGCAUGUACAUGUAGUAAAUGUGAAAUUGACAAGAAAAAGUCAGGUGAAUUCCUUUAUUAUUCUUUAAUGCUUAAUAACUUUUUCAAGCAGAUUUCACGUCGAUCGUUUAGAAAAUAAACAUGACCUGGUGUUAAAACUUGAAUUUGUAGUUUGCAAAAUGGUCAAAAGAUGUUCAUGUGAAAGUAAAACAAUUUCCCUUAAAACAA